AGACUACUAAGAAACAAAAGAAUUUGAAUCAUACUGCAAGGAACGUCAUACAUAAAAAUUUAACUAAUUAAAUAAAGUUGUGUUAGUUGACUUUUGAUUGAUAAUGUUUAUAUCAAAAAAAUUAUUAAAAAGAGCUGCACUUGGAAUAAUUGGAUUGGGCACGUUAGCAUCUUUAAGAGCAAAUGAAUAUGAUUUGGGAUCUAUAGGUAUUGUACGUCUGGGACGAGCUGCAAUCACUGUUUUUAUAAUUGGAAGAUAUUAUAAAAAUGAAUUAUACGGGAGUAGUUUAAACUCAAAUAGUCAAGAAUAUCUUGAUUUAAAAUCAGAAGUACAUAAAUAUGGAGCACAAAAGCUCUUAGAACUUUGCUGUGCUAACAAAGGUGUUUAUAUAAAAGUAGGUCAACAUAUCGGUGCAUUAGAUUAUUUAUUACCACCAGAAUAUGUUAAUACUUUGAAGGUAUUACAUAGUAAAGCACCACAGUCAUCUUUUAAAGAUGUACUUACUGUUAUUAAGGAAGAUUUUAAAAAAGAUCCAUAUGAAAUAUUUGAAAGUAUUGACCCUGAACCUUUAGGUACUGCCAGUUUAGCACAAGUUCAUAAAGCUGUAUUAAAAAAUGGUGAUAUUGUUGCUGUUAAAGUUCAACAUCGAGCAGUUAAAACAAACUCUUAUGUCGAUAUAAAAACUAUGUCAGUCUUGGUAAAAUUAACAUCUUUAGUUUUUCCUGAUUUUAAAUUUGAUUGGCUUGUUGAUGAAACUAAAAAAAAUAUUCCUCGAGAGUUGAAUUUCACUGAAGAGGGAAAAAAUGCAGAAAAAAUUCAAAAUAUAUUUUCACAUUAUUAUUGGUUGAAAAUACCAAAGAUACAUUGGGAAAUUUCAUCACCCCGAGUUCUAACAAUGGAAUUUGUGGAAGGUGGUCAAGUUAAUGAUCUGAAAUAUAUCCAAAACAAUAAUUUAAAUCCAUAUGAAGUUAGUAGUAAAUUAGGUCGACUCUACAGUCACAUGAUAUUUAUUGUGGGUUUUGUACAUUCAGACCCACAUCCUGGUAAUGUUUUAGUUAGAAAAAAAAAUAAUGAAGUAGAAGUUAUACUUUUAGACCAUGGAUUAUAUGCUAAUCUUUCAAAUGAAUUUCGAUGGGAAUAUUCUAAACUUUGGUUAGCAAUACUUGAUGGCAAUAAAGCUGCAAUGCAAACACAUUGUGCCAAUUUAGGUGUAGCAGAUCUAUAUGGAUUACUAGCCUGUAUGGUAUCUGGACGAUCUUGGAAUACAAUUAUGGCUGGUGUUCAAAAAACAAAAUAUGACAUGCAAGAAAAAGAGGAAUUUCAGAAAGAAAUACCAAAUUUAUUACCACAAAUUAGUGAUGUAUUAGACAGAGUGAAUAGACAAAUGUUAUUAAUUCUUAAAACAAAUGAUCUCAUGCGUUGCAUUGAGUAUUCCCUCAAUACAGAAUCAAGAAUGUCAGGAAUGAUGGAAAUGUCAAAGUGUUGUAUACAUUCUGUAUAUGGAGAGAAAUUAAAAUCCUGCACAAAUGUGUGGGAGAAAUGGAAAAUUUCUAUAUUUAAACAAUGGAUGCUCUUUAAAUUAUCACUAUAUUAUAUAUACUUGGGAGUAUCAAACUUUAAUAUACAACAUUCUGUAAACUCACUUAUAAAAAAUGAAUUUUAUGUUUUUUAA